AUGCCUUUUGAUAUUGUCCACAGGUCCCUGAGGCUUUGCUUAUUGAUUUUUCAAUCUAUAAUGUGUUUCUCAGAUUAGAUGCUAUCUAUUAUCUAUCUUCAAGUUCAUCAACUCUUCCUCUGUCAUCUGCAAUUUGCUAUUGAGCCCAUCCAGUGAAUUUUUGAGUAUGCUAUUUUUUAGGUCUAAAAUUUUCAGUUAGGUUUUUUUAAAAUAAUUUCUAACUAGGUGGUGGCCACUGCACAAACUAGAUUCUGCUCACGCUGGGCCUCACUCCACUUCCUCUGUGACAGAUCAUAUGACACAUGAUAUGUCAAGACAUAUCAUGUCUGACAAACCUGAUAUGGCUGAGAUCAAGAAAUUUGGUCAAAAAUAGAAGAAGACAGAAUUGCAAGAGAAAAAUCCACUGCCUUCCAAAGAAACAAUAGAACAGGAGAAGCAGGCAGACAAAUCUUAUGGAGGCAUGCGCCGCCAAUAGGCACCGUACAUUCAACGAGAAUUGCCUUCUUAUUUUACUUAUUUUAGCUGUUUAAUUUUGUAAGAUGCCAAGAGGUUGGAUCAACUUUUAAAGGACUUUGCUGCCCUUUUCACAUCAAACAAUAGAAAACUGCUGACGAUGAAGGCCACACCUACCUCUCCCAUCUGCUUGUCUGGCUGUCAAGGAAGGAAAAUAACUUGCAUGUUGGUGAAGGAAGAAGAAGAGUAAGAAGACAGGUAAAUCUAG